AUGCGAAAUCAAAGCCAAAGGCUGUACUGGUUCUGGUCUCUCGCCGGGCUACGCGUGGCAGAGGUCUCCCGCUGGCUCGACUGCGAGCACGAGUUCUGGCGGCCGCCCUGCCGGCCGGAGGGCGUGCGGGAGCCCCGCGGGGAGCGGAGGGCCGGCGCCCGGUCCGUUCCGCCGCCUCCCCGCGGCCCCGGGGCCCGAGGGGUCAACGAAGGGCCGGGCCCGGCACCGACGCAGGCUCGCGGGGCGGUGGACGGCGGCGUGCCUCGAACAGGAAGUGCGCGGCGUGCGGCGCGCCCUCCCGCUCCGCCCGCCGACCCCCGCCGCCCCCUGCGGCCGCGGCGGCGCGGGACUCGCUCCGAGAUGAUUUCUGACUCCUGUCGUCCCCCAGUGUCUGUUUCUGCCUCACCCGCUAACACACGCACACGCGCACUGUGCCCCGCAGACCCGGCCGCGGCGGAAGCGCGGGUUUCGGUGGGAUGCGCGCUGACCCGCACGUGCUUCUCGGAAAACCGCGGCCCGGGCCCCUCCCCGCCGGCGUGCGGACUUGAAUGCGCACUGAGAGCGGUCAGUGUCGCGGGCGGAGUGCGGGUUUUCACCCCCACCCCGCCGUACCCCACCCCACCCGGCUUUGCUCAGGUUCACCAGGGGAUCAGCGAUUGCUCUUCACCCGUAACACCAGUUGACCAUGAGGCAGUCCCGAUCAUGGAAUCUAAGAAGUACUUUGGAUUAAGGUCCUGGGUUACGACCAGCCUGGCAGUCGUUGAGAACGUGGGUUUGAAGUUAGGCUGA